AUGAACGCUAAAAUUGUCACUCUAUUAGCUGCCACAUUAGCUUCCGCUUCUGCUGUUUCUGCUGAAGAAAGUCCAUCAACUUCCGAUCUUAUGGAAUUAAACAUCUUAUUAAACGAUGUCAGUUCUAAUUUGAAAGACUAUUUAACUUUAGCUAUAACUCCAGGCUCUGUUUUCUCUAAAGAUAACAUGCCAGCUGGUUUAAUUGACCUUGGUGUUGCCUUGGCUAAUGCUACCGAUGAUUCUUACACUUCUUUGUAUAAGAAUGUCGAUUUCAAAGCUGUUGAUACUUUGGUCACCAAAUUACCAUGGUAUUCUUCAAGAAUUGAACCUACUUUAAGUUCAAUUUUAUCAUUGCUUGAAAGUUAG